UAAUGGGGAGUCGGCUACGUUAGUCGGGCACGGCGGUGUGCUGUAUUUAGUCCGUACACCACGGAAAGUAUUUCGUACGUCGACAGAAGCAAGGUAUAAAUACAUGUAGACACAUGUAUACUCCACAUCCACAUCGUAGUUUGAACAAAAAUCGUCUGCUCUAGUGAUCUGUGAUUCGACCUGACGGAUAUCAUACCUACAUAUAAUACGAUACUUCACAUACUCGUGCGGGGUAGUUUUGAAUUUGUGCUUGGUCUGUUUUGACAUAACUGGCGAGAUUCAUCCAUAUUUUAUUGAGGGGGUGAGUUUUUGGAGAGGUUUCCCCCCACUGCUCGAUGUUUUUACGAGUGGGAAGCUUCACAGUGAGCUGGUGACCUAGGUACGGUAUAUAUAUAUAGGUAUAAACCACCAGACGUAUUAAGGGAGUACAAUUUACGUUUGACGGAGGCUAUGGCAUUUCUUUCACCAGACAACAUUCCGGACAGGAGGGGGACAUUCUGUGGACACACUUGACCAGUAUCUGGCCGGACUGACCACUCUGAACAUGCAGCGGACUGCGUUAUUUCUCCUCUUUCCUCUUCUAUCUAUCUUGUUUUCACAUAUCGGAGUCUACAGUAAAAGAAGACCGGGAAUAGCGGGUGACAGAUCACGGAACUUAAUUGAAACCAGAAUGAGUUCUUCUCAAAAUACGUCACUGGUUUCGUCUGAGAAGGGUGGUAAACAUCAGUUGUUGUGUCGCUAUUAUUCCAAGUGGUCGAAAUGGUCAAGCUGUAACCGACAUUGUGAACAGAGUCGCGUGCGGCGGUGUAAAAAUCGUCAAUAUUGUGGUACGAGCUUCCUUAAGGAAAAGAGACAUUGCCGGAAACAAAAAGGUGUUUGUUCGUCGCUUUCUUAUAAAGUUAUUGGAUUCAGAAGAAAUCGAUUGAUGGAAAAGAUUCUUUACGACCUUCUUUAUGAUGACUGGUCCCUGUGGGGGCGCUGUAAGCGUUCAUGCCGGAAACGGCGAUUCCGCAUGUGCAAGGAACCAAGGAUUUGCGGAAAUAGCUACAUACAACAAGAGAGAGACUGCAAACUUCUUGGUACUCUUUGUGAGAAAAAAUACACUUUAAGAAGUGAUGAAGAAAAUUCUUCUGUCGUGAAACAAGUAGAAGCACCAGGACCAUCAGGCAAAGAAGGUACACAUGACGUCGCUGCCCCUACUCUAACAGAAAUCAGUAAUGUUUGCGGAGAAAGGAAAAUGGCCGGCUCAUUCAGAAUCGUUGGUGGUCAGGAAGCACGUCCGAAUAGCUGGCCAUGGCAGGUUGCUAUUCUUACGAGGUGGAAGGAACAAUAUUGUGGCGGAACUCUCAUCGCUCCUAACUGGGUACUAACUGCCGCGCACUGUAUCCGGAAACGUUCCAAGAGGCGGAAGGUCAUUGUGCGCGUGGGCGAACACGAUAUUCAGGCCUACGAUACAACAGAAGUUGAUUUACGUGUAGAAAGGGACUUCCCACAUCACAAUUUUGACUAUGAAACCAUUACAAAUGAUAUUGCAUUACUUAAACUCAAGGACAAAAAGUCUUACCGAGAGAGUGACCAUGUUGUUAAAGGAUAUGCCUGUCUAGCGCCGGAAAAUUACGAGGUUCCAGACGGAACUAUGUGUAUGACAGUUGGAUGGGGCAAGGAGCGGAAUACAGAUGUAACCGGAAGUGACGUUUUACAGGAAGCACAGGUGCCAAUAGUUAAUAAAAAGAAAUGUCGAAAGGCGUUUGACUAUAAAAUUACGGAUAAGCAAAUUUGUGCGGGGUACAAAAAAGGUGGUGUCGAUUCUUGUGCCGGAGAUAGCGGUGGACCCUUACUGUGCCCGAGAAACGACAACGGUACAAUGCGAUGGUUUGUAUAUGGCGUUACUAGUUAUGGCGAAGGGUGUGGACAAAAAGGAAAAUUUGGAAUUUAUACAAAAGUCACAAAUUACCUUAAAUGGAUUCACAGAAUUGUGAGAAAUAAUCCCUAAUGAAGCGUGGAUUGUGAACUAUACCAGUCGUGACAUCUCGACUAAUUUCGGCACACAUCGUUAUCCAAUCAGAUUCCACCUCUAGCUGUGAUUUGACGAGUUGUCGUGCCUGGUUGCUUUCAAAUUAAGCUAAGAAAUCAUAUAUUUUUGUUAAACGUUGACCAUGUUCACUGAUGUAUUUUAUCGUAUUUUGUUGAUGUUUUUUUUUGUUUGUAUGUAUGUAUAUAUGUUCGUAUGUUUAAGACAAUCGUUUACGUAUAAUUUAUUCACAUUUUAACUACAAACACAAACGUAUUACAGAUAUGAUAUGUAUUUAUCUGAUCAUCACAUAUGUAUUAUAAUGACGUUGUCGGGCUUCAUUCCAUUAACAAAAGAUAGAUAUACAUGUACGUAUAUGCUGAACAGUCUGAAAAUAUUUAUUGGAAGCUUAGUAUGAUAUAUCAUAUGUUACUGCUAAUUUGCUAAUUUCCGAGGGUAAAUAUUUUCGGGGUGCCACGUCAAUGAUUGAGGUUUUAAUGCGUGAAAAUAUCGUCAAAUAGCAAAAGAUACUUUUCGUUGUGUCUGAAUAGCAAUUUUCACGAUAGGUCUUGUUUUAAUAUUUUCCUAACCUGAACUCGAAAAAAAAAACAUCUCACGAAAUCCAUAAUGUAUUGGUGCAUUUCAAGUAUGCAUAAUCCAUAUAUCAAUUAUCAUAUGCUAAUUAUGAAAUUCAUAGCAAAUUCUUUAUAAUUUGUAUUAAAACUUCACUAUAUGGCCAACGUACUCAAACAGAUUUGUAUUUGCGCAGUAAAGGGGUUUGGCUGUACAGCAUUAUCAGUACAUAAUGAAAUUGGCAGAACUUAUGAGCUAGCGAUACAUUAAAGUGUCAAAUAAGAGUCUAGUUACCGUGUACAUUUCAUUCAUUACUAGGGAAAUAUAUUGCAAUAUACAUCAACUUGAUUAGUGAAAUAUAUUGCAAAAUACAUCGCCUCCAUUAGUGAAAUAUAUUGCAAAAUACAUCGCCUCGAUUAGUGAAAUAUAUUGCAAUAUACAUCACCUCGAUUAGAAAUAGCAUUGAUAACAAACUGAGGCAUGUGACAUAGCCGACAUCUAACAUGGAUAUCACAGACAGCAUUUAUAUCAGAUUUACGUCUGCAUGGGUUUAAAACAACACCCAGUAACACUAAAUAUGUUCAGAAAGGUCACCAUUCAUAAAAAAAAAAUUAAAAAAAAUGAAAUCACAAUUU